AUGUCUUGGCAAGCUUACACUGACAACCUUAUUGGAACUGGCAAAAUUGACAAAGCCGCAAUCUACUCAAGAGCUGGAGACUCGUUGUGGGCUGCGUCUGGUGGGCUGAACUUACCUUCUAACGAAAUUUUGGAAAUUGCACAGGGUUUCGAGAACCCUUCAGGGUUGCAGAGCACGGGUCUGCAUGUUCAGGGCCAGAAAUUCAUGUUGAUCAGGGCUGACGACAGAAGUAUCUACGGGAGACACGAGGCCGAGGGCGUGGUCUGCGUACGUACGAAGCAGACGAUCCUGGUGACCCAUUAUCCAUCAGGAGUGCAAGCUGGUGAGGCCACCAAGAUUGUCGAGCAACUGGCAGAUUACUUGAUCGGCGUCUCAUACUAG